AUGGGUAAAGUUGUUAUACCGAACUUUUCAAGUCGCAAUUUAGUUAAAUUAGGUGCCGCGUUACAAGCCGUAAAAUCCAGCAGGAACUAUUUUACAUACACCCAAGAACUAUCGCAGCCCCUAGACCGAAAACCCGAAUAUGUCACUGCACAGGAGGCAUUUCAGAAAUGUCUAAAAUCUGGUCAGACGGUAUACUCGCAGGGAGCGGCUGCUACCCCGGUCCCGCUUCUGAACGCGAUGACCGAGGUGGGGAAGGCGGGGUGCAUGCGUGAUAUCAAGGUGGUCCACAUGCACACGGAGAAGGAGGCGACCUAUGUUGCGCCCGAGUGCAAGGAUAUAUUCAGAUCCGUGUCACUGUUCAUGGCGGCAAACGUUCGCAAGUCCGUCGCAGAGGGACGGUCCGACGCUAUCCCCAUCUUCCUGCAAGACAUACCCAAGCUGUUCCACAGGAAGAUUAUCCAGCCCGAUAUUGCUAUUAUUCAGGUGUCCCCACCAGACCAACACGGAUACUGCAGCUUGGGUACCUCUGUUGACUGCGUACGUGCGGCACUUGUCAACUCCAAGAUUAUUAUUGCGCAAGUGAAUGUGAACAUGCCGCGUACGUUCGGCGACGCGAUCAUACACAUGUCUCACAUCGACUACGCGGUGGAGGACAACACUCCCCUGCCUGAGCACGGAAGCAAGGGACCCGCCAGCGCCGAAGAAACCAAGAUUGGCCAGCUCAUUGGGGACAACCUGGUGGAAGAUGGCGCUACGCUACAGAUGGGUAUCGGCAGCAUCCCGGAUGCGGUGUUAUUUGCUCUGAAGAACCACAAAGAUCUCGGGAUCCACUCCGAGAUGUUCAGCGUGGGUGUGAUUGAUCUGGUCAAGCGAGGCUGUGUGACCAACAACAAAAAGAAGACUCACAAAGGUCGAAUUGUGGGCAGUUUUCUCGUCGGCAACCGCGAAUUAUACAACUUCGUGGAUAACAACCCAUUCAUAGAAAUGCUCGAAAUCGACUAUGUAAACAACACCCACAUAGUAUCCUUACAGCCGACUAUGACCGCAAUCAACUCCUGCAUUGAGGUUGACCUCACAGGUCAGGUGUGCGCGGACUCCAUUGGCACAAGAAUGUUUUCCGGUUUCGGUGGCCAGGUGGACUUUAUCCGGGGUGCAGCAGAGUCUGUGGACGGCAAAGGGAAACCAAUCAUCGCUCUAGUUUCUACCACCAAGAGGGGGGAGAGUAAAAUCGUCCCCACACUAAAAGUCGGUGCCGGCGUUGUGACGACGCGCGCUCACGUACACUACGUGGUAACUGAGCACGGAAUAGCUUAUCUAUUCGGGAAAACUCUGAGACAGAGGGCAUACGAACUCAUCAAGAUCGCCCAUCCUGACCAUCGCGAAGCACUCGAGAAAGCGGCCUUCGAACGUCUUAAAUGUAUGCCAGCACCUUAA